AUUUUUUUUUCUCAGCGGGAUGUAACUGCGGAGGAUGAGGCUGGGGGCGCCGUAUUAAAGGUCGCCGAAGUGGCAGCUUUGUUGCUGUUUACUUUCCCUUGAAUUUUCACGGUUCGACAUUCUCCAUUUUGGGUGUGGGCAAAGCAACCCCGUUUAUUAAGGACCGCAAUUGAACCUUGGAUCCAGAAAAGCAGACGGAGUCUUUCAUUGACCACUUCAUUUUGGAGUUGCGAGCUAUGCGGUUGUAGAAUAAGCAAGAUGCUCUUCGCUGUUACCCUGUUUGCCGCGCUGUGCAGCGCUCAAAUCUAUGACACGACAUUCGACAAUGUCACUUGGGACGACGCGGGCUGGAAAUUAUCAACGUCAGUCUUAGACCAAGGACACUACCAAUCGCGUAUUUCGCUUGCGAACGGUUAUCUGGGCAUCAACGUCGCAGCCGCAGGCCCCUUCUUCGAGGUCGAUACUCCAGUCGACGGAGAUAUCAUAAACGGGUGGCCGCUCUUCGAUCGUCGACAAACCUUCGCUACGGUUGCCGGUUUCUACGCUACGGAGGCUGAUACGAACGGGACGAACUUUCCUUGGUUGCUUCAAUAUGGAGGCGAGUCCGUCAUCGCAGGUAUUCCGCAUUGGAGCGGCCUGUUGGUAGAGAGCGGUGGCUACGUGCUAAAUGCAUCCGUGCCGAGCGAUCAAAUCACCAACUUCAACUCGACUUUGGAUUUGAAACAAGGCUUAAAGAGCUGGAACUACACUUGGACGCCUCCCGGUGGACCGUCUUUGAAUAUUUCCUAUCAAAUGCUAGUGCACAAGCUCUAUAUCAAUCAGGCUGCGGUCCAACUUUCAAUCACUGCGGAGGAGAGUACAAACGUGACUGUUAUAGAUGUCUUCAACGGCGACUGUGCGGUUAGAAGUGACUUUAAGAAUUCAGGUUACGAGCAAAAGGCAGCUCAAAUCUGGAGCGCAGUGAGCCCCCACUGGGUUGGCAACGUCACCGCAUAUAUAUACUCGACCCUUACCGGCGACAAGUCGGUGGAUAUGAGCUCGAGAGUAAGGUACAAAGACUCGGCCUACAUCGGCGGCAAUUCUUCUAGCAUUGCCCAGUCUGUUCAGGUCUCACUCCGCGGUGAAACGACGAGCGUCAUAACGAAAUUCAUUGGUGCCGCCUCUACAGACGCUUUUGCUGAUCCUCAGGGCACUGCCUUAAACGCAUCACAAACAGCUGCAGCAAUGGGCUUCAGCAAACUUUUGGAGGCCAAUGCGGCAGAGUGGGCAGAGCUUAUGUCAAGCGAUUCUGUAGACAGCUAUGUUGAUCCGCAGAGUGGCAUGCUUCCGGAUGACGUCAACUUGGUCACUCUUCAGAUCAUAGCUGUAACAAACCCGUGGUACCUGAUGCAAAACACAAUUAGCGCGAAUGCAAUCAAGGCAGCCAGUAACAACACUAAGCUGGACAUCUGGAGUAUAUCCGUCGGUGGGCUGGGCUCAAGUUCGUACGCUGGUUGGAUCUUCUGGGAUGCUGAAGUAUGGAUGGCACCUGGUCUUGUCGUGCAGAAUCCGCAAGCAGCUAAGCAAAUUGCAAACUAUCGCCUCCAGCUGUUCCCACGGGCGCAAGCGAAUGUCAACGAAUCAUACCAAGGUUCGACAAAUAAAACCACAUUUACGCCUGGUGGAGCAGUGUUUCCUUGGGUCAGCGGACGAUAUGGUAAUUGCACAGCUGCUGGGCCUUGCUUUGAUUACGAGUAUCAUCUCAACGGUGAUAUUGGCCUUGAGCUGUACAAUUGGUAUGUCGCCACUGGAGAUUCGGAAACAUUCAAAAACGACUUUUUCCCCAUAUACGACGCAGUUGCGCACUUUUACUCGCAGUUGCUCUUCUAUAACUCGAGCAGCGAUAAGUAUGAACUGCUGAAUGCGACAGAUCCUGACGAGUACGCAAACCAUGUCGACAAUGCCGCAUACACACAGGCCCUGAUUCAAACACAUCUGACCACUGCAAAUGAGCUUCGUGCUCGUUUUAGCAUGGAACCGAAUGCAACAUGGGCAGACCAAAUCUCAAAGAUAGAUGUUCCUGUGGACAAGCAGGCAGAUAUCAUUCUGGAGUACCAGGAGAUGAACGGCACGAUUAGUGUCAAACAGGCCGACGUUGUCCUGGUCGAUGACUUCUUGGAUUAUCCCAACCCGUAUUCUCUGUCAGACCUUGACUACUACGCUGGAAAGCAGUCUCUUAAUGGCCCAGGGAUGACCUAUGGCGUAUACAGCAUUGUUGCAAACGAAAUUUCACCGUCUGGCUGUUCCUCUUAUACUUACGACUUGUACGGGUCGCUGCCUUACAUCCGAGCGCCUUGGUUUCAAUACUCGGAACAGCUUGUGGACAACUACCAAGCCAAUGGCGGAACCCACCCAGCAUUUCCAUUUUUGACUGGCAUGGGUGGUGCUCAUCGAGUCGCCAUUUUUGGCUACCUCGGUCUUCGUUUGUUUGUUGACUCACUGAAUUUGGAUCCGAGCCUUCCUCCGCAGAUCACAAAUCUCAAGUAUAGGAUGUUUUACUGGCAGGGACAUCCUAUCUCGGCAUAUUCUAAUGCAACACAUACUAGCAUCUCGCGUGUUGGGCAACCGCUGGCCAAUGCAAAUUCAACUUACACCAAUGGCGAUAUUCCAGUUACGAUCGGGCUUGCGAUGAACGAAACGUUUCAGCUCCCUCCGAAUGGCACUCUUGUAUUAAGCAACAGAAUGAUUGGUCAGAACAAAACAAUUGCAGGCAACAUUGCUCAAUGUCGUCCAGCAAGCUCCAAUCAAGGUUACCUCCCUGGUCAGCUCCCACUUUCAGCCGUCGAUGGUGCGAUAUCAACAAAAUGGGAGCCGCUUGAGGCAAACACUACGUCUGAACUCGUUGUCGAGCUGGAAGAACCUUACGUGCCUAUAUCUGGCUUCCAUUUCGACUGGGCUCAAACUCCCCCGACGUCGUACUACAUCGCUUUCUCGAACGAGUCAUUCACGAGCUCCGAUGCGAAGUAUGUCAAUGUCACAAGCAGCGACAACAUUACGGUCUCAAGUCCUUUCAACAUAGCUGAUGUUGCUGCUAUCGUUCCAUACACUAGCAACACCACAGAUAUAACGCUAGACAGCCCUGUUUGGAGCGGGCGAUAUGCUCGAUUACUCAUCUACGGUGCGCAAACCGACGACUUCCUCAAUUUCGGAAACGGGACGGGAGCAACGGUCGCCGAAUGGGCGAUUAUACAAGCAGAUGGAGGACACGCGACGGUGAAGACAAAGCGAGAGCCAAGACAGCCGUAUUUGAAUGUACGAGAGCAACCGUGGCCGUACGUUGCUGGCUUUGGUGGACCUGGCAGGAUAUGAGUCAAUUGAGUGUAUGAAAUAACGAGCUCGAAUAUCGUUUAAACAAAAAUAAAAGUGUAUUGUUCAUCAUGUUUCCA